AACGUAACAACAAGUGUCAUGGCUGGUAUCCGCCAUACGCACCUCCUACUCGGCCUGUGUGCGUUAGCAGCACUUGGCGGCCUUCUUGUGACUCGCCUCGGUUACAUCAACGUGGAUGUCAACUUUUCCCGGUUCCGUGAUAUAGUCCAGGACAGAGACCAGGAUUCUGACGCCUUCAGCGACGUGGUUCUCGUCAAGCCCACUCCAAGCAAGAGAAUGACCCUGGUGUUCGUCAUAUGCGAGGGCCAUUUUGAUCUUGGCAUCGUUGCGGUCAAGUCAGCUGUAGCCUACUCCACGUCAAGAUUACACUUAGUCGUCAUCGCAGAUAAACGGAACGAGGAAAAGAUGCGAAGAGAGUACUCAUCUUGGCCAGAUAGCGUCAAGAAGCGUGUUAGCUGUGAUGUAAAGCCAGUGUGGUUCCCCAAGGAAAACUACCACCAGUGGUGGGCAAUGUUCAGGCCUUGCGCUACGCAGAGGCUUUUUUUACCGAGUAUGCUUCCGAAUGAAGAUGCCGUCAUCUACGUUGACACAGACGUGGUAUUUCUCCACCCGGUCGAAGACUUCUGGAGAAAAUUCUACGCCAUGAAUGAGUGGCAGAUGGCCGGCAUGGCUCCGGAGACAGAGGACUUUAAAAAAAACUACUACUUGAUAAAGGGACUCCACCCUUUCGUGCAGCCAUUUGCGUUAAAUGCUGGGUUGCUGAUGAUGAACCUAACACGCAUGCGUGCCUUCGGAAUCGAGCGCCGUCUGCUGGAGCUCAAGCGGGAGUUCGAGGGCCGCAUUCCGUUUGCGGACCAGGACUUGCUGAACAUCCUGUUCACUCGAUACCCGCAAGGGAUAUUCACCUUCACGUGCCGCUGGAACUUCCGCGGAGAGCACUGCCAAGGCGACGCCCUGUGCACUGACGGCCCAGUGGCAGUGGUGCAUGCGUCGCGCAAGAUGAUUUCGGAAAAACUCGAGCCGGCAUUUGUCACGCUCCACCAGGCCAUGCAGAAGUUCAAACUUGGACAACGUCUCGUGGAUGGCUUCAUUCUUCCUGUUAAAGAAGGCCUCCAGAAUGCACGUCCGACGGGGUGCACCAAAGAGUUAACCAAGCAGCUACCUCUACUUACGCUGUCUGCAAGUCGUGUCGACAACACAACUGCCAGAGCUGAUUCAAUGAUUGCACCGUAGGGGUGGAGUGCAUUUCUGCGCGGCUAUAGUGACGAUUAGAUAUGGUGGUAUUAUGUGAUAAAUUACGUUCAUUUCGA